AUGGUUACAUUCACUGGACAUGACGUUCGGGCAACGCUUUCCCACUCCACGCAUGAGCACGGGCUUAAGCUGGUAGCCAUGGACAAGCUGUUCCAGUGCGACGGCUGCAGGCAGAUCGGCGACGAGCUCAGAUUCCGGUGCGAGCAAUGCGACUUCGACCUCCACAUAUGCUGCGCUCAAUCGCCCACGCGCGUCGAGCCCUCUAUGUUCGAGGGCCGUGCGCUCACCCUUUUCCAGAGCCGCCCGGCGAGCGCGAACAACCCAGGCGGUGUUAUUCCGAUCUGCGAUGUCUGCGGCGACCCGGUGUGCGGCUUCCUGUACCACAACCGCGAGCACGACCUCGACCUCCACCCUAUGUGCGCAUUCCUGCCGAAGCGCGUGCGCGUCGAGGAGCAUGAACUCGAACUCCACCAGGCCGCCGGCCAUAACUGCGGGUUGUGCGGGAAGGAUGGGUACCUCGGCAAGUACAUGGCAUACCGAUUCCAGGACGACGACGGUCAGCUUGCGUACGUUCACGUGGUGUGCUUGAUGGAGGCGAGCUACUCCAGCGACGGUCACGUCGUGCAGGGGACCUCCACCACGACAGGGGAGCUGGCAACGCUGCAGAAUGCGCCCAGGCGGUCCGGCGGGUUCAGGCGUUUCUGCAAAGUCGCCUUCCGCAUCGUGCGGGUCAGCUACUCAGUCGCCACUCUGGACCCCGUGGGAGUUUUCACAGCGAUUGCAAGCUGA